UGCAGAGAACAUCGCAUAACACGGGUGAAAUUAAACAAUUGCUAAAGAUAAUAUUUCAAGGAUGGGUUACCCAGAAUCACUAAGAAGCGUUUCCUAUAUCCAGAUGGAGAAUAACAAUGAAGAAACCGUGGACGCAACAGUCAAAAGCGUCGUGCCUCCGCGCCACAGCAGUGACAUCUGCCGGUCACUUUGUGCCAGUGUCGUUAAGGCCAGGGAGGAAGGCCGGCUGACCUGUGGGGUGUACCAGGCGGCAAGGGUGCUGGAAACAAAUACGGAUCACGUGAUGUUGUGCAUCCUGGCGGCGGACACAUUAGAUGAUCUGGAGCUGAGCAUCCAUUUUACUCUGCUAGAGGCGUACUGCUGGGAGAACGACAUCCGGGUCAUUAAGGUGGAUUCUGCGACGAAGUUAUGGAGACUCCUGUUUGACGACAAUCUUCCAGCAAAUGCCAACAACUAUGUGGCUGGCUGCAGUGAUGAUUUACGGGCAUUGGACUGUGUUUUGAUAGAGUUCCCAAAAGAAAAUAAAAGCGACGCAGACGCAAGAGUUCUAGACUUUUGCAAAGCCAACGAAAACGUUGACCAACCAAGACCAAUCAUCGAACUUCCAGUUUGAAAGGUGGAUAAAUCCAUUGUUAUCAGCCCAUCGCUUCGUCCCAGCUAAUGCAGAAGCACGUGUCUGAACCACGAAACCAAGUGCCUUAACCACGAGAGAUUGGCGCCGACGCCGGUUCCAAGGCAAAAAACAUAUAAAGACCGUCUGAGCUAAUACGUGAACCAUCCAUUGUCUUUGUGUUUAAAAAGUCUCAGGGUGCCUAAUAACAGUAUUAAUGGUCGAACAUGCCAGUCGCGAUCAGUAGAACUACCUGUACGAUGUCACACAAUGACACCGGUUAUCGUACCUGAAAGCAACUGUCGCUGUCGGUUUAGAAGUCGCCCAGUCGCCGUGACGCAGCUCAGGUAAUGGCAUCCAAUGUCGAUCCUCUUGUUCAUUACGAUGAAAAAAAACGGUUCAAGUACCAGAGUGCCUAUAGCUACAUGUAGUAACGGUGGAAUAGGUUCCCGUAGCCGCGUCACGGCACCUUGUGAUACCCGCCUGUCUAGAAGUCGCCCAGUCGCCAUGACGCUGCAGGGACGGUCACGACACCUUCAAAGAAGAGAUAUUACACGGUUUUGAGAGACUACUCUACUCGAGGAUGAGGACUUUAAAAAGAUCAGAACAUUUGACGGUGUUUGUGUUGUAUAUUAUGUCAAAUAAGUUAUACCUGUAUCUCCUGCCGUCCACACAAAUGAAACUUAUUUAUAUUAAAGGUAUUCUACCCGGGUUUGAAAAUGUUCCAGAGCUACAUUUUCAUGCCCACAUAUCCUGAAAAGCUACUUAUCUCUCCUUAUCCAGACCUUUAAAACGGCAAACUGAAAUAAAAGUACUUGGUGUCUUUAUUUUCUUCUGAAAUAUACAGGAAGACACGCCGGUGUGACAGGAAUGGAAGUCCUAGGAACGGAAGUCCGGGACCCAUAUGAUUGACACAGUUUACGGUUAGUCGGAGUAUUGGAGUUAGUAUGCAGUGUGGGACGAAU